AUGGAUCGAACGAAAAUGGACACAAAAGCACAGCGACUACUCGAACGAGAAAUUAAAGCCAUGGAACGAAUGCAUCACCCGAAUAUUAUACGGUUGUUCGAGUGUGUGGAAACAUUGACGAGGACACAUUUGGUGCUGGAAUAUGCGGGUGGUGGUGAACUCUAUGCCGAUGAAAGCUACAAUGGUCCAAAGGUCGAUAUUUGGGCACUGGGCGUAUUACUUCACUUCAUGCUGAUUGGAGUCACCCCGUUUCGUGGAGAGACCGUACCAGAGCUGAAAUCGGCUAUUCUCCAAGGCAGUUUCUCUUUACCACUAUACCUGGAACAUUCGUCCCGAAUGCUGAUUGAGAGCAUGCUCGCGAAGGAUCCCUUCAAAAGGCCGAAAAUCGAUGACGUUAGGAAAUCCAUCUGGCUACGAGGAUCUAGGUUCCCCUCCACUUAUGUCAAUUUACGCACCUGCCAAGAAAGUGAGGAGGAAGCAAGGUCUGAGGUGGCGAAGAAGGUGUGGGCUAUCAUGAACAGCUACGGUAUCACAGAGCAGAUGCUUGAAGACUCGAACGAACGUGGCCCACGGAACGCUUUGAUCGGCACUUACCGUAUCGUUCAGUAUCAAGUGCAAACAGCUGUCAAGGAGCAGGUUCGUCAUUUUAUAAACUGGUCAGAAAUGUUCCAAAAGCAUUUCUCAUUCGAAAGCGUCUCAGCUACCACUCAGUCAUCACAAGAGUAG